AUGCCUCCUCCCCCCCCUCCACCACCACCACCACCACCUCCGCCUCCUGUGGCUGGCGGUGGUCCUCCUCCACCUCCACCCCCUGCAGCUGGCGGAUUACCCAAGGCCAGUAAUCUACCUAGUAAAGUUCCAAAAGCAGUUGUGCAAGACCGGGGAGCUCUUCUCUCAGAUAUCUCGAAAGGCACCCGCCUUAAGAAAGCCGUAACGAAUGAUAGAUCUGCCCCUAUGAUUGGGAAGUCGUCCGGAGCAUCUAGUGGCCCUCCUAUCGGCGGAGCACCUCCCGUUCCUGCCGGGAUGCCUAGACCAUCGGCUGGCCUAGCACCGCCAGUCUCGGGUGGAAACCGAUUGCGGAGUAAUAGCGACGAAGGCCGUAGAGUAGUUCCUACUGGUGGUGGUAGUGACGAAUCCGGGAUAAUUUCUUCAGCACCUCAAAUAGGUGGAUUAUUUGCUGGCGGCAUGCCAAAGCUGAAGAAGCGUGGUGGGAUUGAUACCGGCGCGAACCCAGAUGCCUCAUACCUCUCAGACUCGGAACACUCCAGAAAAUCAGGCCCAUGGGCUCCUACGGGCAGUGCUCCAAAACCCCCCACCAAAGCCCCAGGCUUUCGCCCUCCACUGCCGACAAAUGACGGUCCUCCACAACCCCCCGAGAAUCCUAUGGUUGCAAAUCUACGAAAGGCUCCGCCUCGUCCUUCACAGAGACCUUUAUCAUCAGUCUCUCAUCUCUCUACCAGAUCAGCUCCAGAAUCCCCAGCUCCACGACCACCGUUUCCGGGCGCCAAACCCCCUCCCCCCCCAACAGCUCGAAAGGUAUCAGCCCCGCCUCCCCCAGCAGCCCCUCCUCCACCACCAACAUCAGCGCAUCUGGCACCUCCACCAUCAUCUGCCCCACCACCUCCUCCACCAUCUUCCGCUCCCCGGCCACCUCCGUCUCGAUUAACGCCGCCACCCCCGCCUGCUACCAACGGACCCCCUGCAGCAGCCUCAGCGUCAAUAGCUAUGCAAGCUGCUAGGAGCGCUUUUUCGCAAGCGACCCCACCUCUACCACAAACGGCUGCUCCAUCCGCGCCUCCACCACCACCACCCCCAACAUCAUCCCUUCCCUCACUAUCAUCGGCGCGAACAUCGUCCUUACUGUCGACUCCCUUCACUUCACGUCCAUCCUCCUACGCAGACCAACAUCAAGCACCUCAACAGCAACAGCAAACUGUCCACUCAUUACUGGACCCAAGUAACUACACGCUCACAAAUGGCGGUCCAUCACUACGACCUAAUUCCCAAGCUAACUCCAUGAGAAGUUCUUCCCAACGAGUUCCAAUAGAGGAUUCAAGAUUCAAAUUCCAAAACGAGUCACUAUUUCCGAAACCCAGGGAGUUCCGUGUUGGCCAGAAACUGUAUAGAGCUGGUAGGGGCAGUAGCGUUCCAUUGGAUCUUUCGGAGCUGAGUUGA